GUAAUACACAGUACUACAAAACAAGUUGUCCUGUACAUUUCAUCAUGAUAGAAUAGAACACCGAAAAGCAAAAGGAAGGGGAGUUUUAUUACAAAUGACUCGCGUGAAAGUUGGAGUUGGAUUGGCUCAACUUCAACGUCAAAGAAUUAUUAGAAGUCACCAACUUUUUCAUUAUUGUUCCAUGGCCAGCAUGCUGAUUUAGAGAUUCCUCCAAGAAAGCGUACCGACUUUUUUGAUAAAGCUUUUAAUGGUUAACGGAGAACAAUCUACUUGACGAAAACCUGGAGAAAUAUCACAUACCUUUUCCUUUUCUCUCUCCGACAAUGGUGGCUGUGUUCAACAAAGAGCUCUUGAGUUGGUACCUCAUCACCCUCAAACUCAACGAAACUGUUGAAGCUGGACUUCAAAAGGUUCAAAACCCUACAACUGCAACUCGGUCAAUUGAACUCUCACAAGAAGUACGAGCCCAGCGGCCGCUGCAGGUGCAGAAAGAACAGCAUCAACCCUUGGAUUCAUUGCAGGUUGCGGUCAAAGAUGUAACUAGUAAUGUUGAAGAGGGUCCCAAAUCACCAGAACCAGAGUGGGUGAUCAGCAUCAGAGAAAAACUUGAUCAUGCUAACCAAGAUGAUGACGCAGUUACAUGGUCAAAGCUCUGCAUCUACAGAGUGCCUCAAUACCUGCGAGAAGGCGAUGAUAAAGCUUAUCUGCCCCAGAUUGUCUCCUUGGGACCUUAUCAUCAUAACAAAAAGAGACUUCGCAAUAUGGAUCCUCACAAAUGGCGUGCUGUUUACCAUAUUCUGAAACGGACUAAUCAAGAUAUAAAGCUGUAUCUUGAUGCUAUCAAAGAACUUGAAGAAAGAGCUCGUGCUUGUUAUGAAGGACCAAUUUGCCUCAGCAGCAAUGAGUUCGUGGAGAUGAUGGUUCUUGAUUGUUGUUUUAUUCUGGAGCUCUUUCGUGGCGCUGCUGAAGGAUUCAAUCAGCUUGAUUACUCUAGAAAUGAUCCGAUAUUUGCAAUGCGAGGCUCAAUGCAUUCCAUUCAACGGGAUAUGAUAAUGCUGGAGAACCAAAUUCCUCUAUUCGUACUUGAUCGGCUAUUUGGUCUUCAGAUGGGUCAGCCGGACCUGAAAGGAAUAGUGGCUAAGCUAGCUUUGAGAUUCUUCGAUCCAUUGACCCCGACGGACGAACCAUUGACAAAUAGUGACAGGACCAAAUUGGAAUCAUCGUUGGGACACACUUCCGCUUUUGAUCCACUGGCGGAACUAGGAGGUCUUCACUCCCUUGAUGUCUUCCGAAGGAGUCUUCUUCGAAUAGGGCCUCAACCAACACCCAGGAUUUGGGUAAAAAGGUGGUCGCAUUCCAACCGUGUAGCAGACAAGCGAAGACAGCAGCUACUCCAUUGUGUCACGGAGCUAAGAGAGGCUGGGAUUAAUUUCAAGAAAAGGAAGACUGACAGAUUCUGGGAUGUGAAAUUCAAGAAUGGAGUUCUCAAGAUUCCUCGGCUCCUAAUCCACGAUGGCACAAAAUCCCUCUUUCUCAACCUUAUCGCUUUUGAGCAAUGUCAUCUUGACAGCACCAAUUACAUAACCUCAUAUGUGGUCUUCAUGGAUAACUUGAUCAAUUCCCCAGAAGAUGUAAGCGUCCUACAUUAUGAUGGGAUAAUCGAGCACUGGCUUGGCAGUGAUGCUGAAGUUGCUGAUCUUUUCAAUCGUCUUUGCCAAGAGGUGGUUUUUGACAUAAACGACAGUUAUCUUUCUCCAUUGUCUCAGCAAGUAAACCGCUAUUGUGAGCACAGGUGGAACACCUGGCGAGCAACUUUAAGUCACAAGUAUUUCAAUAAUCCGUGGGCAAUUAUCUCCUUCGUUGCUGCAGUGGUCUUGUUACUGCUAACUCUUGCGCAGACGUUCUAUGGGAUUUAUGGCUACUAUGAACCGCAUUCUUAAGCCUGUUAUACAAUGGUCUGUUUAUAUUCAUAAUCAACAAGAGAGAAUUGCUUGAACGCAUUACAUAUCUAUCAAGAAACAGUGAAUUGUUUGAUUUUAAGGUAGGAAAUGAGUGAGCGAGCUUUCUCUGCAACCUAAUGGAAUUUACGAGUCAUUCUACUAUCUAUGAAAGGAGCUUCGUUAUUACA